CUCGGUCAGCUGACGCUAGUGCUACUGCUGUGGUCGGGGACGCGGACUUGACGGCCAGCAAGAUGCCUUUCUCUGAGCUCUAUUUCAACGUCGAUAAUGGGUAUCUGGAGGGUCUGGUUCGAGGCUUCAAAGCGGGGAUAUUGUCCCAGGCCGAUUAUUUGAACCUGGUGCAGUGCGAGACCCUGGAAGAUCUGAAGCUCCACCUGCAGAGCACAGACUAUGGCAGCUUCCUUGCCAACGAGGCAUCGCCACUGACUGUGUCUGUCAUUGAUGAUAAGCUGAAGGAAAAGAUGGUCGUGGAGUUUCGGCACAUGAGAAACCAGUCAUAUGAGCCCCUGGCCAGCUUCAUGGAUUUCAUCACUUACAGCUACAUGAUUGACAACGUCAUCCUGCUGAUCACUGGCACCCUGCACCAGCGGGCGAUCUCUGAGCUGGUGCCCAAGUGCCACCCUCUGGGUAGCUUCGAGCAGAUGGAGGCGGUCAACAUUGCACAGACUCCAGCUGAGCUUUACAAUGCCAUCUUGGUGGACACACCUCUGGCCGCCUUCUUCCAGGACUGCAUAUCUGAACAAGACUUGGAUGAGAUGAACAUUGAAAUUAUUCGUAACACAUUGUACAAGGCUUAUCUGGAGGCAUUUUACAAAUUCUGCUCCAACCUUGGUGGCACCACAGCCGACACCAUGUGUCCCAUUCUGGAGUUUGAAGCAGACAGACGAGCCUUCAUCAUCACCAUUAACUCCUUUGGCACCGAGCUGUCGAAGGAGGAUCGUGCCAAGCUUUUCCCCCACUGUGGCAAACUGUAUCCAGAGGGUCUGGCUCAGUUAGCCCGCGCCGACGACUACGAGCAGGUCAAAGCUGUGGCUGACUACUAUCCUGAGUACAAGCUGCUGUUUGAGGGAGCAGGCAGCAACCCUGGAGACAAAACCCUGGAGGAUCGCUUUUUUGAACACGAGGUAAAACUGAACAAGCUGGCGUUCCUCAACCAGUUCCACUUCAGUGUCUUCUAUGCAUACGUCAAGCUGAAGGAGCAGGAGUGCAGGAACAUCGUCUGGAUCGCCGAGUGCAUCGCUCAGCGGCACCGCGCUAAGAUCGACAACUACAUUCCAAUCUUCUGAUCCUGCGUCCCUCCUCUCCCUCGCUAUCUCUUCAACAUUUCAGUCAGUGUUUGUCCUGAACAGUGCGUCUGCUCCCACCUGGGUGUUGGUUCUAAGGCCCCCACGCUAAAUUUCACAUUGGUGUAAAUUGGUUCGGCAGGAACUGCAAUUCUGAAGCCACGCCUCUUGUAGAUAUGAAUAAUCUAUUGGUUUACUCAUGUAGAAUGUUUACGGCUCCUAAAUCGGGCAUCAGUUGAAUUGACAGUUCAGGAUAGGUAACAUCUAUAAAGAACUAUGAUUUCUGAUUUAAAUACAUGCGCCAUGUAGCGGUGACUCAGCACUUCUGGCCCUGUCAAACUGAUUUGACUUCCAAAGGCUCGUCCAAGAUGUUGUUUCAGUGGCACAUGCACCAGGCAGGCCUCCUCGUGAGGCACCGCGCCACACACUUCCAGGAAAAACAACAACAACGCCAUGAUUUAAAUGCAGACUCAAAACAUUCCACAGCCUUUCCAGAGCUUUAUUUAUUUCAUAUUCCAUGUCCUGAUAGCAUGCACGCUUCUGUCUGUAGUAUCUUACCAAAUGUUGACCAGUUUAAUGUGCGUGAGCCCCGAAUCAUCUGUUGGAGAUUGUUGUAUAUUGGCAAAUCUAUCCAUGUAUAGAGCUGAAAUGAAGUAAUAUGGUGUGUGAAAGAGAAAACAUAUAUCGAGAUAUUUAAAAAUGACAUUGGUUUUCUGAUGCUGUAUGAAUUGAUUGCUGUUUUUGUUUGUCAUUUGUGAAAAGUGUGUUGUAAAUGUGAAGUAAAAAGUUAAAACCA